GUGCUGCAAUGUGUCGUCGUGUCCUCAAAGCAGCUAGUUCUCUGCGUUAGAUAUGAAAAUUAUAAUGCUAGCAACCAGCAGAGGUCGAAGCUUUCAUGUAAGGACUAGUAUUUUGACUCGUACUCGUAUUUCUACUGCUUUUGUGAGUUUUUCUGUAUUUUUUUAUUUUUUUUUGGUUCUCAUGCUGUGUAUUGCAUGUUGCAUGUUUGUUUCAUUAUUCUUUCUGCUUGUCUCUCGCCCCUGCUGCUGUCCCAUGUUUUUGUCUGUUUUUUUGUUUUUUUUGUUUUGUUUUUUUUUGGGUCCUGCUGUACAGUUCUAACGCUACUGCUCCAGCUCAGGAGCAGGUGUCUAAGAAACCUGUGCAGACUGCUGUGGUUUUGCUCAACUCCACUGAUAAAUGCUGGGCAUCACAGAGCAUCACUAUGACAACUCUCUGUCUUGACUCGCCCGUCAAACCCAAAAAUAAAUCCGUGUUUGGAGCUGAAUGGCUCUCACUGUUAAAGCCCUCGGUCAACCUCAGGCCGCACGCCAGCACGCUCAAGUUCUCCAAGUCCCUGAAUGACGUGGGUCAGAAGAUGGACGGGCUGUGCAGCCUGCACUUCGCUGAACGCACAUGCUCAGAUGGCGAAUUGCGCUCGGAUACAAAAGGAGAUGCAGAAUGUGGGCACCAGGCCAAGACUCUCGCGGUCAAGCUGACUCGCCUGCCUCCCCUCUACCCCACUCAGCCCACCUCAUUCUCAACCACCUAUGGCUAUGCGAGUGUUCACCCAGCUGACAUGCAGAAGAGCUCCAAUCUGCUACGCUUCUUCUUCCCGUUCCCACGCUCCUCCACAGCGGGCAGCCUGCCUCUGGGUGAGCUGGCAUCCUGUGCCAAGCCAUCCAGUGCCUUGCUAGAGGUAAGUGAGGCAUGUGGUGAGGAAAUGGGUGAUGACGAUGUGUUUGAGGAAGAAUCCUCUGGUUGGAGGCUAAAGGCCGAGGGACAGCACGCUCCUCUCUGCUCCCUGGAGGAGGAUGGAGAUCUGGACCGCUGCUUCUCACCACUGAUGGAGAUCACGGGUCCACCCUCGCCAUACUCUCUGACCGGGGAUUGCUGCAGGUUGGUGAGGUAUCUCCUCUCCGACUCAGCCCAAGUACUCAUGUGCCCUGUCUAUAGAAAAGUGCUUCAUCUCUAGAAUCCCAUCAUCCCACCUGCCUUUCCAAAAGUCCCCAAAACCCCUGUGGCUCCACCUGUUUAAACCCCAUAUGCUGCUCUGCGGCUGUGCUGCCUCUUACAUUUCCUAUCCUCUGCUAAUUACAGUCAGUUAGAAAAGCAAUCCAGUAAUCAAUAACAACAUUAAAGCUUCAAUAGAUGGUAGAGAAAUAUUGAGUAUAAUUAUUUAUAAUUAUAAUAUUGAGCAUUCCUGCAUGCGAUAUAAAGCUUCAUGACGUAUAGCUCCACAUUUUGAUGUGGAGGUUCCCAGCGAGAGCACAUCCAGGCAGGCCAGAAAAUGGUAAACUCUACAUAUGGCAGUUUGUCAAUGCAUGGAACGUUGGCAGGUUUUAUGAGAGCAAAUGGAUGUGAAGAUCUGAUUAGUGCAGAGGACGUAGUUGCAAAACACAGGGAGCUAAACACAAACCAAGAUUAGUGCAGUUCUAUCAGCUCAUUUUUGAGUUCAUUUCUGAGCUGUGUAAUUGACUUAGAAGCGUUAAUAACCAACAGAAAACUGAAAAUCUGAGAAAGGAAUUGAUUUUCUUAAUUGUCCAUUUUAGUUCUGAUGUUUUUUUUUCUUUUCUUUUUUUUUUUGAGUUGAAUUCUGUUUAAAAAAGUUUAAAAAUCUGCCUUUGUGUAUGCAUGUCUGAGUUUAUCCAUCAUUUCAUUUGAGGUUUUUCCAUAAAAUCAAUUCCAUUCAAAUAUCUUCGUGAAAGGAUGAAAAGAAAAUGAAUUUUUCCGUUGGCGCCGUUUUUAUGACUUUCUCUAUUGAAGUAUGGUAUCUUUGAUGUGUACGCAGUCUGACUCGGCUUUUUUUUUUUUUUUUUUUUAAAAAGUGAAAUACACGUACUGUAUUGUGAGGCACUCCAAACACUGCUUAGUGCAGCAUUUCACAGAUUCAUCACUUCUUCCCAGUGACACAGGGCUUCUAAUGCCCUUCUCUGUCUUGUCCAUUUCACAAGAUCUGCAAAUAACUAUCCAGAAAAUAUGGAUCAGUUGGCCUGACUCAUAGUGACCUCGAAUGUUUAGUGCAUGGAUGUGUUUGGGUUUAAUGAUGCUAGGAGAGAUGCAGCAUGAGCUCCAGAAAGCAUUUGCACAAUAUGUACACUACGUGUAAAAAGUUAGUGUACGUUUUAGAAUAAUAAUAUCAUCAUCAAAACUCUGGAGUAACACAAAUGGAACUAUGGGAAUUAUGUUGUGAUUAAAAAAAAAUCCAAAAUAAUUUAAUAUUUUAGCAUCUUCAAAGUAACCCUUUUUGUCUAGAAUUUCCAAAAAUGUAUUCUUGGCAUUUUCUCAACCGAUUUCUUGAGGAAUCUCCCCGAGAUGCUUUUUAAACAGUAUUAAAGGAGUUCCCACCUACGCUGGACAAUUAUUGACUGCUGUUCAGAAUAUCCCAUUUAAAUAUUCCAAGUCAUCCAUUUAAAAAAAUAUUUCUUUGUAAAUAAAAUGUUCGUUUUCUAAUGAAACAAAUGAAUACAUUGGCACAAUUCUAUUUUUGUCUAUAACACUGAUUUCAAACAUUUAAUCAUACACCUUCAGAUGUAAAAGCUUUUUAAGAUCAUGAGAAACAUUUCAGUCGAGUCUCUAAACUUUUGACGGGUAGCGUAUGUGUCCGUUUACACUGUCCAUGGAUGCUGUCUUAAUAUUAUGGACAGGUUACCAUUGUAGAUGUAUAGAUUUUUGUGUAAAGGUGUGCAAGACGGUAUCUGUAAGAGGAUUUCUGCAAAAAUAGCCUUAAGGUUAUAUUUCUGUAUGCUGAGAAAUCCGGUCAGGUUGUGAAAUCAUUAGUCAGUGUGACACCUUAUGGAAUAUUAUUUCUGAAAUAUAAAGGUGACAUUUUUAGAGUAUACAGCAGUCAUAUGUGCAAGUUUGUUCUGGAAGCCUGUUCCAUGAUUGUGAGACAAGGCUGGAACUGUAGGAUAUAAAGCAGUUGUUCAGUGAAACUGCUCUGCUGUUCUUCGGCAGCGUUGUCGGAGUUGGCGCAGUCAACACUGCAACCCAGGAGCUGUUACCUGAGUUAUUAAGGACAGGGUUAAAAAUGGAACAUCUUAUAUGCGCUAAUUGGAUUAAAUCGAUCUAAUCGCUGGGAAGCUGGGAGUGUGUCAUGGGCUUAAGAUGUUCUGACUGAAAUAAAGUUGAAGGACAGGAUGUUGCCUCUGAUGUUCUGUUGUCUGUCUUUGUGUUGAGGAUUAAAAAGCUGAAUUUAGCAUAAUGCUUUUAAAAGCAGAUUUGCACUUUAAUUAUGGAUCCAGCAUGUCUGGUGAAGUUUGCUUUUGUUUUUUUUGAAACAUCAAAUGCUCCUCUUCUUCUUCCUCUUCUUCUUCUUAUUAUUUUAUUUCUUUAUUUUUUUUAAGCCUAUUUGCUGUUAAUUUAUUAUCCUGUCAACGAGACUUCUUGUUAUUUGUUCAUGUAAAUUUGUUUUAUUCACUCCAUGCUCCUUACUUCACAGCAAACGUGAAAAAAAACAUUCGUCACUUUAUUGUUUAUCAUAUCACAUUUGUUCAUAUUAAUUAGAAUCGUUUCGUGUCUCAGAAAAGGAGGACUGUUAAUGCAUGAAAACAAAUAGUCUGCUGGAUUAGAGACUGUAAUGCUCAGUGUAGCCGCUGUUGCACUUCCGUACCCUUCCUGCUGGAGGUCUAGUGAAGUCUGGACAUUCAUCAGCUCCCUGAAUUGGAUAGCAAAAUGAAAUGUCCCCUGCUAUCAAAUACAUAUAACAUUAGUACUGACAGCUGCUUAAUGGCCUGCUCCUUUCUAUUAAUAUAAAUACUCCUAAAUCUCUGCUGUCUGUAAAGAAGUCUAUGUACUGAAGGAGCUCUUUUUUUUGUUUCUUAAUCCGGUAUCCUGGAUUGGAUAAGACUAGCCUGGAAAUAGUCAUUAUCCUGUCAUUAUCCUCAUUGUAGAAAGCCGAACCUUAUAUAAAUACGUAUGGUGAUGGCAUUCUUUCUUCUCAUUAAUUCUGUCACAUUUUUAAUGCCAAAGGGGCUACCUGUCAGAAACACAGUUUGGAAACGAGGGGACGGUUGUCAGAUCUGAUACUUCUGCUGAUGUAGUGGUGUGCCCUAAUACAUGCAGACAUGUGUUGUUUGCUGUAGGGUUGUUCUUAUCUUCUUAAGCCUUCUUUGCCAAUCCGGCUGUACUUACUGCAGGCUGCUUUUAUAAAUCUAUAAUCAGAAGUGUUGACUAGGCUUUGUAACUCCUUCAGUAUUCUAGGAGAGAUUAAAAAUCUACCACAGUUAUUUUAGUUUACAGCUAAGAACAGAAAAAUCUUUUUUCUUUCUUUCUUUUUUUUUCUUUUUCUUUUUUUUUUUCAUGCGAUGUCCCUCUUACAGUUUUAGGAAUGUUUGAUGUGCAUCAGUUUGAUGUGAACUGCUUCGAGAGUCACCUUGAAUUGAUAGAUUUCUCCGCAGCACCAGGGCACAGAUGCCAGCUUCUCCAGAUGAGUGUUGUACCAUCAUGACAUAAUUAUAAUGGUACUGCUUACAUCUGGGCAUUUUGUAUUUUAGCUGGUGGGCUAUGGUGGCCUCAGCACAUUUCAUUGCUUUCUAUCAGACUCCCACUUUCUCUC